ACUGCCAUAUACGUGUAAAGACACACAAAAAAAAUACACAAUAAGGAAGUGGUGAGAAGCGGAAGUGCAGUCAUCACCCACAACAACACGGACAAAAUACAGACACGGCAACAUCAGCGGAUCCUGCUGCCAUGAAUAAUAAAGGCCAAUACCCAACUCCCCCAGCCUAUCCAACCCAGCCACCCAAUCCUCAGUCUGUGUACCCACCAAACAUGCAUCUUCCUCAAGCUCCUCCUUAUACAGACGCUCCUCCAGCUUAUUCCGAGCUUUACCGUCCAGGGUAUGUUCACCCCCCUGGUGCCAACAUGGCUCCUCUCUCUGCGCCCUACCCAGGCACCUCUAUGUACCUGCCCAUGGCUCAGCCAAUGCAAGUUGCCCCCAUGACUUCCUCAGUUCCUAUGGCGUAUUAUCCAGUUGGACCUGUGUAUCCGCCUAACUCCACAGUCAUCGUUGAAGGAGGUUUUGAUCCCGGCGCUAGAUUUGGACAUGGCAGCAAUCCAAAUGUGCCACCACCUCCUCCUGGGUGCCCACCUAACGCAGCUCAGUUGGCCGCUAUGCAAGGUGCUAAUCUUGUGGUCACACAGAGAAAAGGAAAUUUCUUUAUGGGCGGCUCUGAUGGAGGCUACAGUAUGUGGUGAAGUUGAAUGAAGAGGCACAGAAUGGGUUGCAUAAAGGAAAAAAAAAUAAAAAAUGGGCUAACUCCUUCUGUAUGCGGAAUGGUAUCUGACAGCGUGAGCACUUCCCACAAACUUCUGCUAUAUUAUAUUAACCCAGAAUCGCUGUUAGGCACAUUAGUGGGACGUCUUCCCGAUGCUCAAUCUUUAAAUACUCCUAAUAUGGAAAAAGAGAGGUCAUUUAAAAAAGUAAAAAAAAUUUAAAAAACUUACAAAAAAACAGGUUUGCAACCCCCAUAUCACCCCUUACCUACUCCCUGCACAUCUUCACACUUAAUUAUGCAUAAACAUUACAGGCUUAUUUCAGGAUACCUUGAUGUCUUUCGAGGGGGAUAAUGGAAUUACAUCUCGAGGGCCCUUUUUGAGGUAUAAGAAGGAUUGGUUUUUCAUGCUUUAAAAUCUGUCUUGGGACAGUUUUGGGUAAUGGUAAACUUUAAUUCUAAAGAUAAAAGUUAAUUGGACAUAUAUCAAAUGAGCAUAUACUGCUGGCAUUUCUUUCCUAUGUGAAUCGCAGUUAUCUAUUUUGUCCCCCCUCCCCCGAUUACCAGAUUUCAAGUAGAUUGUAUCUGUUUUAAGGGUGCUUAAACAAAAGCAAUCCACCACGUUAUGCAAAUAUAUGAAGGGUCAUUUUGGUUAUUAGAAUGAUAUCAGCAAAAAGUUGUACCUGCUGAAGAAACUCUAUGACAUCACUACGCGACAGAGAUGUAGAGAAAGCACUUGUGCGCACACAGCAGGAAGGGUGUUUUUUGUUUUUGUUUUUUUUUAGCACAUUUACACAAAUUAUAUAUAUUUUUUUGAUGUUGCAUACACCUAUAACCAAUACAUGCACAUAACUAAAUAUUGUAAAAGUUUCGGAUAACAGUGACAAUGUUUUAAAAAAUAAAAUAAAAACUUGGAAGCAAUAUUUCUUAGCUGUAGGGAGAAAAGUACAAAUGAUGUGUAUCUGUCAUGGAUAUGUUGCCAGAUUUUGUUCAUAGGUAUGAGUGUGCAAAUCAUCACACGUUCUGCAAAUUCUACCUGUCUCUCCUGACAUCUCUGUUUGGCCAGUCUGUUUCGAUGCUUUUAACGCUCUCAGGAAAAGAAAACGCCAGGUUCUUAGCUUGAUUUUAUAUUGUGCUUAAUUGGGUCUUUCAGGGGGCCGAUAAGAACACGUACAUUAUAAUUUAAAGACCAAAAUAAAUAGACCUCCAUUUUUUUUUUAUUAUUCAUACAUGUUGUUGAAUGCCUUGGCAGCCCCGUUGGCAUUGGCUGCUGCAAGCUGCAUUUUCUGCCUGUAACUAAGUAGUGAGCACCUCGCUUUUUGGCCGUGGGACUACUGAGCAUUGUAGUCUAUUGGUAAUCAGUUCUCGAGGAAUAUUAAAGGAUGAGAAGUAUUUAAUGCUCGCGUUUCUCGGAGGAAUCUCAAGCAUGCUAGCUGAAUGAACAUCUAAUUGAUGUCUGGCACCAAGUCAUUUGUAGGCAGAGUUAGUUUCUAAAUUCUUACUUUUUGAGAAAAAUUGAAGGCUUGUUUCAUUUUUUGCUUAAUAUGAAAAAUAAAAUUGAUAUAUUACAUUAACGCUUUCCUCUUUCACUGUCUGUCCACUGUGGAAGUUACCAGAUCAGUAGGACACGCUACAGAUUCUCGUAGACGCAGGAGAAUAAAAAAAAACAUGGGGAAGCUGUAUAUGUCAUCAAUAUAUUUGACCUAGUUGUAUUGAGAGAUUUAUUCUUAUCAGUAAGUAGCACACUGUAAGAUUCUGGUUUUCGAAUUGUUUUUACAACAAAAACCUGUUCUAAGAUUAUGUCUAACAGGAGAAAACAUUCUGUAUUUGUUUGCAUUAAAAGUCCUAAAAUU